GCAGGGAAUGAGAGGAGGAUCCUCCCCUCCCCCAGAAACCUCCGGCGCGCGCAAGAUUGCCCAGAGAGCCCGGAGCCAGCGCGAGCGCCAGAGCUCAGUACCUGCCAGGCCAGGCCGGACCAGGUGAGACGCCGGGCAGCGAGCUCAGGCUCCGCGCCCGAGACGCCCGCUUCCUACCACGUGACUGACCCUGUGCCCAAUAGGAAAGGAUUACGUCUUUCGACGCGGUUUCCUCACCCUGGCAACGGGCGAGUGACUGGUUCCGGUUCUGCGAGGGCUCUGCCGCUGCGGGGUAAUUCCUCUUCUGAGUUUAAUUUUCGUUGGAAAUAUGCAGUUUUUUCAGUAGAAGAUGAUAAUUGUGGAGAAUGAUCAUGGAGAAGGGGAUGAAUUCAGCAGAAGGUCUUCCUUCCAAAUCACCUCAGGUUGUGGCUGUUAAGGUAACAGCCAAAGAGCAUGAAACAAAAUCACCCCAUAAAGAGAAGCGUGUAGGAUUUGUGUUGGUGCAUGCAGGUGCAGGUUAUCACUCUGAAUCCAAAGCUAAAGAAUAUAAACAUGUAUGCAAAAGAGCCUGUCAGAAGGCCAUUGAACAACUACAGGCUGGUGCCCUUGCAACAGAUGCAGUGACUGCAGCUCUAGUUGAACUAGAGGAUUCCCCUUUUACAAAUGCAGGAAUGGGUUCCAAUUUAAACCUUUUGGGUGAGAUAGAAUGUGAUGCCAGCAUUAUGGAUGGAAAGUCCUUAAAUUUUGGAGCAGUUGGAGCACUGAGUGGAAUCAAGAAUCCAGUUUCAGUUGCAAAUAGAUUGUUGUGUGAAGGGCAGAAGGGAAAACUCUCUGCUGGCAGAAUUCCUCCCUGCUUUUUAGUUGGAGAAGGAGCCUAUAGAUGGGCAGUGGAUCAUGGAAUACCCUCCUGUUCUCCAAGUGUUAUGACUACAAGAUUCAGUCUAGCAGCCUUUAAAAGAAACAAGAGGAAGUUAGAGCUGGCAGAAAGGGUGGAAACAGAUCUCAUUCAACUAAAGAAAAGAAGACAAUCAAGUGAAAAGGAAAAUGACUCAGGAACUUUGGAUACUGUUGGUGCAGUAGUUGUUGAUCAAGAAGGAAAUGUUGCAGCUGCUGUCUCUAGUGGAGGUCUAGCUUUGAAACAUCCUGGGAGAGUUGGUCAGGCUGCUCUUUAUGGAUGUGGUUGUUGGGCUGAAAAUACUGGAGUUCAGAAUCCUUACUCUACAGCUGUGAGUACCUCAGGUUGUGGGGAGCACCUUGUACGUACCAUACUGGCCAGAGAAUGUUCACAUGCUCUGCAAGCUGAAGAUGCCCAUCAAGCUUUGCUAGAAACUAUGCAAAACAAGUUCAUCAGUUCACCUUUCUUAGCUAGUGAAGAGGGUGUACUUGGUGGGGUGAUAGUUCUCCGAUCUUGUAGAUGUUCUGCAGAACCUGACUCCUCACAGGAUAAACAGACCCUUUUAGUGGAGUUUCUAUGGAGUCAUACAACUGAGAGCAUGUGUGUGGGAUAUAUGUCAGCCCAGGAUGGUAAAGCCAAGCCCAAAGAUCAUUCUUCUUGGCAGAGAAAACAGAAAAAAAAGUAAGAAUCAAAGAGUUUCCUCUACCUUCUCUCUUGUUAACACAGACAUUGUUAGAUGCCAUAAAAACUUCUUUAAAAAUCAUGAUAGGUGUCUUUAAGUAAAAUAACUCUGAGCCAUUGUUACAUGCAAUCUAAGAACAGGAAAAUUUGUGUAAGUAAGAAGGCAAAAUAUUUUAUUAGACAAAAUACCAAGCUAAGAAAAAAUUCUCAUUCUGCUCCCAGAGGAAGUUUGGAUAAGUCAUAUUAACCUACCUGAGUUUCAUCUUUGUAAAAUGAGAGGGUUGGUGUAGUUGAUCUGUAAAUUCAUAACAUUCUUUGAUUCUGAUAUUUAUCGAGUCUUGUGUGUAUUAAUUUAAAACAUAAAUAUUUAUAUUUUAUAUAGUACCUCUUUAAAGCUUUUUGUAAGCAUUUUUAUGGCAGAAAACAUUUUAUUUUUAAUAUAUGAAGUCACAGAGGCAAAAGUAAGUAAAUUAGUUACUCUGGCCUUGUGAAAUGAAGGACUGAGUAAGAACUAUAGAUGAUGAGCAUUGAUCUCUGAGUGUUCUUUCCACAUGGAAGAUUUCUAAUAUCAUGACACUGCCAAAUAGUCUUCAACUUACUGUCAUCUAAAAGGGUUUUUUAAAUUAGCUAAUUACAACUUGUUAUUUAGAGGUCAUAUAACUCUCUCCUGUUGCUGAAAGAACUGGCAGAAGUUACAAAAUAAAAAUGAGUUCCAUUACAAAUUUAUGUUGUCUGAUAUUACUUUGUUCUUAUUACAAAAAGGAAGGAUUCUUACUCAUCCCUUAAUUGAGUCUCUAUUCCAUUUCCUUCUGCAGCCAUUUCAAAACUUUCUCUCCUUUCUUAAGAGUCCUCUACAUCAUAAUCUGGAUAUAUUUCUCCCAGAGUUUUGUUUGGUUUGGUGGCACUACUCUCUCUUAGGUUUUCUCUCCCUUUUUUGGCCAUUGCUCACCUUGCUUUGCUGGAUCAUCACUUAUAUCAUGCCUCUUUACUCUUUGGUCCUCUUCUCUCUAUAUACACUCUCAUUUCAUGACUUAAAUGACUUUGUAGAUAAAGCUCUGGACUUAGAAUAAGGAAACUGAGUUCAAAUCCUAUCCUUGCUUUUUUUGACUAUGAGCUUGUCAUGUAACCUGUUUCAGUCAUGCUUUCUUAUCUGCAGAAUUAGGAUAAUAAUAGUAAGGACAUUGUGAGGAUCAAAUGAGAUAAGGUUUGUAAAAUGCUUUGCACACCUUAUAAAAGUGUUAUAAGUAUUAAAUGGUUGUUAUUUUUAUUAUUGGUUUCCCAUGGGUUUAAAUUUGACCUCUAUACAAAACAUUCCUUGAUCCCUAUCUGCAGUCCUGUCUUUUUCCUGGGUGAUAGUCAUGUUUGACCAACUUGUUAUUUGACAUUUCAAAUCGGAUGUCCUGUAAGCCUUUCAAACUUAACAUAUUCAAAAUAGAAUUUAUUAUCUGUUUUUCAAAAUCUACCCUCUUCCCCAACUUCCUGAUUUCAGAUGAAGGCACUACCAUCCUCCCAGUCACACAUGUACUUAAUAUUGGUGUCAUUCCUGACUCUUCACUAGCAUUCACCCAUAUGUUCAAUCAGUUGCCAAUUCUGGUUGCUUCUACUUUUAAAAUAUGUCUUGUAUCCAUGCCUUUCUCUCUGUUCAUGCAGUCACCUCAUUCAACUACAUCACUUUUUCCCUGAAUUAUCCUUUUCCCUGCCUCAAAUCUUGCUUCAUUUCAUCCUUCAUAUAACUGUCAGAAUAAUUUCCUAAAGCAUAAAUAUAAACCACAUCACCCUCAUGCUCAAUAAACUCUAGUGGAUUUUUUUUUUAUCAUUGGAACUAAAUAUGAAUUCUUUUUGGCAUUUAAAGACCCUUAUAACCUGGCCCCAAUCUGCCUUUUCAGUUUUAUUGCAUAUUAUUCUCCUUCAUCUUCCUUGUGGUAUUACCAUAGUGUCCUUCUUACUGCUGCUCAUAGUCGAUUAGAAAGCAUUUAUUAAGCCAUUU